CGUCUCGCGGGUCCCGGGUGCCUCGCGCAUGCGCCCCUGCGCUCCGGAAAUGGGGGCCAGGAGGCCGCGUCACCAUAGCAACCACGGCUCGCCUGGUCAGGUCAGGCAGCAACCAGGCUCUGCUUGGGACUGUUGAGGGCUCAUUUCCGCCCCCUGCCCCGGCCCUCAAGGUUAAACCAGUUCUUUGUCUCCUUGGAGAUUACAAUGUAGCAGAAGAGACAGACUCAGAAAAAUGGAAUCUACACCCAAGGAGGCAACAGGGGAAGCACUGUGAGGCUCUGAGGGCAGAGGGAAAAAGGACAUCCUCAAGUCUUCCUUGAUCAUCUUUGUGGUGGGUGGCCCAGGCUGUGGCAAAGAGACACAGUGCAAGAACAUGGCCACUAAGUAUGGCUUCUGCCAUGUGGGGCUGGGUCAGCUGCUGCGGCAGGAGGCCCAGAAAAGCACCCAUCGGGGCCGACAGAUCCGUGACAUGAUGCUGCAGGGACUUCUGGUACCCUCGGGCCUCAUCCUAGACAUGAUCAGCAAGAAUAUGUUGUCCCACCCAGAGAGCCGGGGCUUCCUCAUUGAUGGCUUUCCCCAGGAGCUGAAGCAGGCCAAGGAGUUUGAGCGCAUCGACAGUCCCUAUGAGAAGGACACAGACAGAAGGACGACCAUGUGGGAACACAGGGAGAAGACGACCUCUAGAAGUCACAGAGAGGACCCAGGAGAAAGCAGCCCUGCAGACACUGUGACCUUGGACUUCCAGCCUCCAGAACUGUGGGAGCCUCAGGUUCUCUUGUCUGUGUCAUUAGAUCCCCCUUGCUACUUUGUCAAGACAGCGCUGGAAACCGAGGAGGGGUCACGCAGUUACUGUUGCAAAACGCCCAUCUGGUCUCAUCUGUUGCUAAGCUGAAUUAUUUAUUUAAUUAAAUGUUGCUAAAUGCUAAGUUUUCCCUUCUGGCCAGUUUCCCCAUCUUUCUGUAUUAGAAUUCUUCCCUAAUGAAGAACAUUUCCUUCCUCAACUACUUUUUGGUUAUCCUGAAACCGUGCCCCUAGGAGAAAGCCAGGAUAGAUGCCCGACACUAGGCCUGCGACGGCAGACGGGACCCGGGUCCAAGCCCUUCCCCCAUGCCGCAUAGGACCCCUUGUCCUGUUGCCCUCCGCCCUGCUUUCUCGCUCACGGUGAACUCAGGGCCCUCCUAUCUGUGGGUCCCUCAUCCAUGGAUUCAAGCAGCUGCAGAUGGAAGGCAUUCAUUUUAAACAUCGCCUCUUGCUGGGUGUGAUGGCGCUGGAGACUGAGGUGGAGGACCACGUUCCAGGCAGCCUGGGCGACUCAGUGAGGCCUUGUCUCAAGGUGAAAAAUAGAAAGGGCGGGGGCCCUGGGUUCAGUCCCCAGAACUGGGGAAAUGUGGCUCCUUGUCUUGUCGGGGUUCCCUAAACACCAGCUUAGCAUCUCUGACAGUGUUGACAUCGUGGUAGGUGUCCUAAGUCAGCUGGAGACGAUUAAAACCUAUGGGAGGACGUGCAGGCUCUGCGCAAUACUGUGCCAUUUUAUGUAAGGGAUUUGAGCUUCUUCGAUUUUGGUAUCUGCUGGGUUCCUGGAAUCAAUCCCCCAUAGAUACCAAGGAACAGCUGUCCCUAUUCAAUGUGUCUGUCAGCUGCAGUUAUCUUUCUUUUCUAUCUUUAUUUAUUUAUUUAUAAUUUAUUUGUGCAGUUAUCUUUCUGAUGCUCAGUUGAUCACAGGUUUGGCGUAGGGAGCCCCUUCCCACUGACACUGGCGACCUCUUCCUGUUGAACAUUGCUUUGCUUUCUGGCACAGGACUCCCUGACACUCUUCCUGCCCAAUCCCCAGUAGUCCACUUCUCAGGAGGCCCUUUUUAAGUGAGGCACAGCUUGAGUGCAGAGAGCACCUGUUGCUGCUGGUUGUUUCCAGCCAAUAGCAGAUAGAGCAAAGAAACUUGUACUUUCUUUUUGUUUUGUGGAGCUGGGAAUGAACCCAUGGUCUUCUUGAACUCAGGGUCUUCCGGUGCUAACCAAGUCCUCUGCCACUGAGCCGUUCCUCAGGUCAGAACACGUGCUUUUGAAAAGAAAAAUAUAAGUCCACACUGAUCUUGACAGUUCACAUGUAACAUUUACAGUGUUUUUAUUUCUCUCUUUCACUAAAAAUUUUGGUUGCUAAUACUAUCAAUGUACUCGUUUGCAUUAUCUCAUGAGAUACAAAAUAGCUUCAAAACAACAUGUCAUUAUUAACUACUAAAGUUGGUGCAGUGGUACACACCUGUCAUCCCAGCAACUUGGGAGGCUGAGGCAGGAGGAUUGCAAGC